UGUGGGGCUGGGUGGAUGGGAGCUCGCUGGCCUGACCCAUGUGAGGCUGGCACAAGGAGCCCCUGCUCUGUGCAGCUCCGCAGUUCCGCCGUGGGGGGAGGGGGUCUCUCUGCUUUGGCUGGGCUCCCCCUCGCUCCCAGAGGCCUGCUGGGCCGGGCUCUCCCUGUGGGCUGCACCUGGCCAAGCCGAGGGGCUCCAGGGCCACCGCCCAGAGUGGAGCGUCCAGUGUGGGGGGCCCAGGAUCCCUGCUGUGCUCAUGGCCCCAGGGCGGGGGCAGCUGGCGGGAGCACUGGCAGCAGGCCGGGCGUCCCCACGCUGUGCCUGGGGAGCUGAACGCCGGGUCUGCGCCACCUCUCUGCUCCUAACCCCCCUCUCUCUCUCUCCCUGCCCUCCCCUCCUGCGGCAGCACUGGCGAGCAGAGGCUCAGCGCCAUGUCAGCGACCUGUACGAGGACCUGCGGGAUGGCCACAACCUCAUCUCGCUGCUGGAGGUGCUCUCGGGGGACACGCUGCCGAGGGAGCGCGACGUGAUCAGGAGCUUGCGGUUGCCCCGCGAGAAGGGGCGAAUGCGCUUCCAUAAACUGCAGAAUGUGCAGAUUGCCCUGGAUUACCUGAAACACCGGCAGGUGAAGCUGGUGAACAUCCGCAACGAUGACAUUGCCGACGGCAACCCCAAGCUCACGCUGGGCCUCAUCUGGACCAUCAUCCUCCACUUCCAGAUCUCGGACAUCCAGGUGACCGGGCAGUCCGAGGACAUGACGGCCAAGGAGAAGCUGCUGCUGUGGUCACAGCGCAUGGUGGAGGGCUACCAGGGCCUGCGCUGUGACAACUUCACCACCAGCUGGCGGGACGGGCGUCUCUUUAACGCCAUCAUCCACCAUCACAAGCCCAUGCUCAUCGACAUGAACAAGGUGUAUCGCCAGACCAACCUGGAGAACCUGGACCAGGCCUUCACCGUGGCCGAGCGGGACUUGGGGGUGACGCGCCUGCUGGACCCUGAAGAUGUGGACGUGCCCCAGCCGGACGAGAAGUCCAUCAUCACCUACGUCUCAUCGCUGUACGACGUCAUGCCCCGCGUGCCUGACGUGUCAGUCGGCCUCAAGGCCAAUGAGCUGCAGCUGCGGUGGCAGGAGUAUCGCGAGGUGGUGACGGCACUGCUGCAGUGGAUUCGCAAUCACACCGUCAUCUUCGAGGAGCGCAAGGUGCCGGGCAGCUACGAGGAGAUCGAGCUCCUGUGGCGCCAGUUCCUGAAGUUCAAGGAAACCGAGCUCCCGGCCAAGGAGGCCGACAAGAACCGCUCCAGGGUCAUUUACCAGUCGCUGGAGGGCACGGUGCAGGCCGGGCAGCUGCAAGUGUCCCCCGGCUACCACCCCCUGGACGUGGAGAAGGAGUGGGGCAAACUGCACGUCGCCAUUCUGGAGCGCGAGAAGCUGCUUCGCGCUGAGUUCGAGAGGUCAGUGCUCAGGGGGAGGGAACGUGGG